AUGCGCCGGGAAGUACAUCCGCCUCACGUGUAACCGAUGUGACCUCAGGUUCCAAUGCGUGCUGUGUUGAUCUGUUGAGUCGUUGCAAGUGUGUAAAUCAUCGGGUUUAACAAACAGCACAUAUCCUUUAAAAAUAUAACAGCAGUUUACGUUAAAUUUACCUUGCGUCAGAUUUUAAAUGGCGUCAAUCCAGGAGCUCUCUCCGGAAUCGGGCCGUGUGGAGACACGAAUCCCUGAAGAUGAGAUCGAAGGAGAUGAUGAAGAGUUGGAUGAAACAUUGCUGGAGAGACUCUGGGGGCUAACUGAGAUGUUUCCAGAAUCACUGCGAUCAGCAGCUGAAGGAUCUGCACAGUGUUCGAUGUCUGUAGCAAAAAAACUGUACAGUUUUUCCCGCUCGGCUCUAUGGGUCGGUACAACGUCCUUUAUGAUUCUGGUUCUGCCAGUUGUCUUUGAGACAGAAAGGUUACAGCUAGAACAACAACAGUUACAACAGCAGAGACAGAUUUUGUUAGGUCCAAAUGCUGGCAUGUCUGGAGGAAUGCCUGGAAUGAUGCCUCCUGCUCCUGGAAAGCUCUGAUAACAUAAUUUGACAUCCUGGAUUUGCAUAUCACAAAGACUGUAGACACACAGAAAGAGGGGAAAGAGAGAGGGAGCUGGAACUGAAGUUAAGAUAUUGUGGUUGGUUAACAUUAAGAAAUCAUUUUCUUGUAAAGACUUUGUUUGUACAAGGGACAGGUUCUGUUUUUGUAGGAACUUCACUCUCUCCCUCUGCCUUUCUCACAAAAACAUUCUGCAUAGAUGGAUAUCUAAGCUGACCUUUUACUUUUCUAACUUAAGACUUCAGCAGCUGUUUGACAGUAAUUUGUGACAAAUUUGUUAUAUUUUCAAAGAACCGUUCAGUCUGCGGUGCAACAUUGACCAUUAUAACAUACUGUAAUAACACUGAAGUCGUAGAGAAUCAUUCAUUAUCAAUGAUCUGUACAUUUUUAUGAGGGCACACCAAGCCCAUUGUUGAUUGUCAAAUUGUCUACAGAGGAUUUUUUGUUGUUGUUGAUUUAGAAAUGUGAAAGCCUUCCGAAAUGGCUCUCUGCCAGUGGUGUCUUUUACAAGUACAAGAUAAUGCAACGCUCCUGCAGCAUGACUUCCAAAACAAGCCAUAGUGCAAUGAAUCGUAAAAUAUCUCUGUAGGUUUUGAAAAAAAACUUGUGUUGCAGAACAUAGCGCUGUCAAUAAGUAAUCCUGUGUGUUCCACAUGACAACGAGAUUAAAACAGUCCAUCUCUGUCU